AUGGUCUCAUCCCUGAGGCCACAAACGGCACCAAAAACACCACCACUCUCAAAACAACAAUCUCCACCUCAAAGAGUGAAGGUCGAUGGAGCAAACCCAUCAUUUCCGGAAGGAAAGUCACCGUCAAAAGCCAUAACCUCCAACACCGGUGGAGCAAACCCAUCGUUUCCGGCCACCAAAGCUCAACUCUACAACGCCACGUGCCCCGUGUACCGCUUUCUCGUUAUCACUCUCGUCAUCCUCGCUGCCAUCGCCGACCACAUUUUCUACGCCCUCUACUGCCUUGAACGGCCCACUUUUGCCGUCAACUCUCUCCACCUCUCCCAAUUCAACCUCUCCACCACCACCCUCACCUCCAAACUCAACAUCUCCAUCUCCACCCGGAACCCCAACAAAAAACUCACAUAUUUCUAUGACCCCAUCACCAACUCUACCUUCUCCCGCGACAUCCCCGUCGGAAUCGAAUCUUUUCCGAUGUUCGAACACGGCACCAAAAACACCACCACUUCAAAACAACAAUCUCCACCUAAAGCAAACUCUUGA